AUGGAAGAUAAUACUCGUCAUAAAAAGAGGACCUAUCGCCAUGAUUCAUGUGUUUAUUAUCUAACAGGGAUGAUCGUCGGGCUUAAGUAAUACAUUAAUUUAAAUGCUGACCAAGUGGGAGAAUGUUAGAAUAUUAUUUAUUUGGUAUAUAAAAUCAACUAAUUGAUUUAAUAUAUUCAAUAUUUAAUUUAUUGACAAAAUAUUCUAAUUAAUGGUCAACAUUGUUUGUUACCUGAUUUGUUGUUACCCGAUUUUUCAUAUCCCAACUGAUUGAGGAAAUAUCUCAAUCUGUGGCAGAGACUCUGAUGGUAGGUCUCACUCUAUAAAUAUAGAGUACCGGUCCCCAAGCUCGCUACUCAUUCUGACUUCCAGUAACUCCAUCUAAAAGAGUUAGUGAGAGCUUGGAAGCCCGUGUACUCGUUCUAACUUCUGUUAUUUUUCUUUUGUAGAUCUAAAGCUAGAUCGAGGUUAUCAAUAGCAAUGGCUGGAGGUAUACAAUAUUCGAUUUUUUUUUGCAUAUGUUCAUUCAUAUAUUAAUUCCGCCUACAUGUAUAUAGAAUUGUUCAUAUGUCUACUUUCAUAUUAAUUCUAACAGUUUGUGCUUUGAUAAUACUUAGUCUGACUCUUAUAAUUUGCUUAUUGACUCGGAAAGGCAGUCACCUGGACGAUGAGAGUCGAAGCUCUGACAAGUUCGACAACACCGAAACAUUGAUAUGGGAAGAAGAAGAAGAAGAACUACAAGAAGAAGAAUUCACUUUCCAAGAAAUUCUUAAAGCCACAGAGGACUUCUCUGAGAAAUACUGCAUCGGAAAAGGAGGAUUUGGCAGCGUGUACAAGGCUGUUCUGAAUUCGAGUAUAGUUGCUGUCAAACAUUUGUACGCGUCGGACUCGAACGAAGUCCCGAAGAGUUACCAACAGAGUUUCCUUAACGAGAUAAAGACUUUGACUAAAGUCAAGCACCGAAACAUCAUAAAGCUACAUGGGUUUUGUUCGAGGAAAGGCUGCAUGUACUUGGUGUAUGAAUACAUACAAAGAGGAAGCUUAGCAAAAGUGUUGUAUGGCUUAGACAGUGAAGAUCUUGUCUGGGAAAUAAGAAUGAGAAUUGUUCAAGGCCUGGCUCAUGCGCUUGCUUACUUACACCAUGAUUGUUCUCCGCCCAUUGUCCACCGAGAUGUCACCUUGAACAAUAUACUACUCGACUGGGAUUUUGAGCCGAAACUGUCUGAUUUUGGCACAGCCAGAUUGUUGAGCCCUGACUAUCCUAAUUGGACUAGUGUUCAAGGAUCAUAUGGCUACAUGGCACCAGAGCUGGCUCAGACAAUGCGUGUAAGAGAUAAGAUUGAUGUGUAUAGCUUUGGAGUUGUGGUAUUAGAAGUAAUGAUGGGAAGGCACCCUGGGGAGAUGCUGGAAUCACUAUCAGCAUCAACAAGAGCAUUGUCAAAUGGUACUGAAUUGCUUCCCAAGGAUGUCUUGGACCAGAGGUUGCCUCCUCCAGAUGGGGAAUUGGCUGAGGCAGUGGUGUUCAUGGUGACUAUAGCCUUGUCAUGCACUAGAACCAACCCUGACAAGCGGCCAAACAUGCGGUUCGUGGCACAAGAGCUAUCGGCUCGCAUUCAGCCUUACCUCUCUGAACCUUUUAGGUCCAUAACCAUGAACAAGUUGACGGGCUUUCGAAAGUGAGAAGAAAAUGACGACUGAAACUCAAUACGGAUGCAGCAGACUUUCACAACAGGAGAACUAGUCUUGUGGCUAUCCUAAGUGACUCCAAUGGUACUAUUAUUGCUGCCAUGUCAAGACCUGUCAUUGGUUCUUUCAAAGUGGACGUUAUGGAGGCCAUGGCCUUAUUAUUACACAGCCUCAAAUGGCUUCUUGAGAUGCAAUUGCAAGUACAUUAUAUUGAAAUUGAUUCCUUUCCGGUGGUUCAAGGAUUGCAGUCUCUACAGGCCCCUUGCUCUGAAUAUAACUCAUUAUUAUUUGACAUUAGACAUCUUGUAUCUAAUAUUCCUGUAACACAGAUCUCACAUCUCUUUAGAUAUGUUAACAAUGAGGCUCAUUUGUUAGCUAA